AUGAAAACAAUUGGAUCACACUUUGGUGUUGGUGAUGAUAUGAAAAUGGCCAACCACUCUUCUGUAGGUCCUCCUUUGACUGCCAUUGAUAGAUUCUUAUGUGGUCAAAGAAGCCAUUUCCCUCAAAACAUUGAUGAUGAAAACUUUUGUAGCUUUGGUGCUUCAUCAACAUAUAGUUAUAUGUGGCCUAAUAGUAACAAUAUGAUGACUCAAGAAGGUGGCUUUGUUGAUCAUCUAUUGGGAGAUGAAGAGGUGAUGAAUUGGACACAACAAAUUCCUUCAUUGUGUGUGGAGAAAGAAGAUGUGAUCAAUGGAUUAGGGAAUGGUGGUGCAGCAAAAGUGGUGGCAAAAAGACCUAAGAAAGUGUCAUCUCUUUCUUUGAUCAAAGGACAGUGGAGUGAUGAAGAAGACAGGAAAUUGUUGAAGUUGGUGAAGCUAUAUGGUGUAAGAAAAUGGUCUCAAAUAGCUGAGAAGUUGGAAGGAAGAGCUGGAAAGCAGUGUAGGGAGAGAUGGCAAAAUCAUCUUAGGCCUGAUAUUAAAAAAGAUAGUUGGAGCGAGGAAGAAGAGAAGAUCUUAGUAGAAUGUCAUGGCAAGAUGGGAAACCGAUGGGCCGAAAUCGCGAAGAAAAUUCCAGGAAGAACUGAAAAUGCAAUCAAGAAUCAUUGGAAUGCAACUAAAAGGAGACAAAAUUCAAAGAGAAAGAACAAAAGGCCUCAAACCAAAGAUGGUAAACCACAAUCCUCUAUUCUUCAAGACUAUAUCAAAACCCUAACUCAAAAACCAUCCACAACCACUUCAUCCAUCUCUGAGGACCCUUCCAUGGACCAAUCUCACCUUGUUUUUCCUAACAUGUUUCAUGAAAACUCAUCGUCAUCGUCACUCAUAGCUGAAUCUUACGACGAUGAACUUCUCUUCAUGCAACAACUUUUCAAGGUGAAUAAUAAUGUUGAACCUGUACUUAACCAAUACUAUAAGAACCAAUCUACUAGAAAUCAGAUUCUCUCUGAUGUUUCACCUAACAACAUGUAUUAUCCUUACCUUUCACCAAUGCUGAAUGGAUCUCAAAACGAGAAUAAUAUCGAGUUCCACCUCGGAAACAUGAAUCUUUCAGAUGGAAACAUGGAGUUGGUUUCUUCUGCUCAGUUUUUCUAA